UAACACCUCGUGAACAUUUGUAAUAAAUCCUUUAUAUUUAGAAUUAUAUCUAUUAAAGCAUUCUGGAGUACUGCAUAACACGUUAGAUCAGAACUAAAUUUUAAAUGUUACCUGUGACAGUUUGUAUAACUGUAAAAUAGCAAGGAAAAAUUUACUAUUUCAUAAAAUAAUUCUAGAAAUAAUAAUAUAUUUUAAUAUAUAUAUAUAUAAUAUAUAAUGAACGUAAUUGUUGGAAUAAUCGAAUUUAUAAAUAUCAUAAUUAAAUGAUCAGUUUUGAAUUUCUAAUUCCAAUAGAAUUAAUUUAACCUAUGUGCGAGAUUCAUUAUUUAAAUUGUUUCCAACGAUAUUUUCAAUAACUGAUAGUGACAUGCGAACUAUCAAGCAUCAUAGUGAAGUAUAUUUAUCGUUUUGCAAUAUUUUUAUACUUUUUAUAUCUUGAAAUAUUAAUAUUUAAUAUAAGAAAUAAUUAAUAUUAAAAAUAAUAUAAGAAAUAAUUAAUAUUAAAAAUAAUAUAAGAAAUGGAAUUACCAUUAAGGCUAGUAAUACAACAAAAUAAUACUAUUUAUGACGAUAUUAUAUUAACUUGGAAUUAUGCUACUAAAUUUAACAAUCAAGUUAACGAAAAUGAAGUUCAAUUAAAUCCGGAUAUUUCCAAUCAAAAGUCGCAACGCAAAACCAUAUUAGUUCUCCUAAAUCUUAAAGGAUUUAAUGCUUAUUUGGCCUCAUUGUUUGUUCAUUAUUUGAUAAAAUCUGAUAUUUAUCGUAAAGCUGCGUUACAGGUUUUAUUAGAACGUUUCUCUUUAAUGACACAUAAUCAAGACUGUGUAUACUUAUUUUUAAUGAAAUUACGUACACCGAAAAAGCAAUUUUUAGAUUAUAAAUGGAAUGAAAGAAUAAACAUAUUGGCACUAGAAGCAAGAGAAAUAGAUUUUGCUAUGUCAUGGUUAUCUACGCUAGGAGGAGCAUUUUCUUCAUUAGGAGAAAAAUCUCAACAUUGUGCUCAGAUGGCAGGAAAUAUUUCGGUAAAACAAUAUCAAUUAGCGAUGCGUCUUGGAAAUCCUCUUCUAGUUGCUCGUUGUAAAUUAUACGCAGCCUUGAGUUUAAUACAGCAAGGUUAUUUCAAAAUUCCGAUACAUCUAAUAAGAAAUGUAUACAAACUUGCGUUGGAUCAGAAAGAUACGCGUCUGCAAAACAUGUGCCAGGGUAUCUGGGCAAAACUUCAGUACUCUUACAAACAAACAAAAAUGAAAUCUAAGAAUUAUUAAGAUAUUGUAACUUUAUUUAAAUGUAUAUACUCAUAUAUGUAUGUAUAUAUAUAUACGAGACGUAUAGAUGAUAAUGCUAUGAAAAUUUUAAACAAUAUAUAUAUAUACAUACGAUAUUUGUAAAUUCGUAAGUAAAAUUAUAGAAUUAAAAAAAGAAAGAGUUUAAGACCAACGUACAAUAUUCCCAGAAAGUUUUAUAUAUUUUUUUUUCAUGUUUGUCGUUAUAAAGGCAUCUUAGAUUACUAUUACAUAGUAUUGCUUUGUACAUAGAAAAAAAUAAUAAUAUAAAAUAAUGUUUUUACCUACAAUUUGAAAAUAUCCGUGAAAUAGGAUGACUC